AUGUUCGAGAAGACGCUCCGGCUGCCAGCAGCAAACUUUCAUAGUGGCUCGAAUUCGAAGCUCAACUCCCUUGGUCGCAGAUGUAUCUUCCAUAUAGCUUUUUCCAUUGGCAUUGUGUUCUUGAUAUUUAACAAAUAUCAUGGUGGGAAUAUGCAACAAAACAGUGUUUUUACAGAGGGAAUUUUGGACCAGAUCAGCAACUUCGAUACUACAACUGGUAAAGAAGAAGAUCGGAAGCUAUGUGUUACACCGGAAUGCGUUCACGCUGCCUCAGAAAUUCUUUACAAUCUCAACCCUGACCAGACGGAGUGGGACUUUUGCGGGGAUUUUGAAGGCACAGUGUGUCAAGGUUUUAGGGAGCAUCAUGAGUUGAGGGUAGAUCAGAGUGAGGCUUUCGCAGCAACUUUGAUGAAAGACAGGUCCCAAUCAUUGAUGCGACACGUUCUUGAUGGGGAAUAUCCGGACAUAGAGUUGGAAUCUAAAGAUCCAUUCUCAAAGCUUGUCGAGUCCACAAGGGAAGCCGACAGAGACAACUUUUCGAAGUUGAAAAACGCCUAUAAUGCAUGUCUUGAUACAUCUGCCGUUGAGAAAGUCGGUCUCGAGCCUUUGAUACUAGUAUUAACGGAGCUCGAGCAAAAGCCAUUGUCUGAUGCUUUAUCGUACCUUGCUGAACUGGGUGCAUUUCCCUUGGUGGCGGCCGGAGUAGGUCCAGAUUUUCGAGACUCAGGUGACAUGGUCGUCUUUGUUUGGCCUGCAAAUACUGUUGGGUUGCCGGCAAAGGAAUUCUACCUUGAUGACCGUAUCUUCAAUAAGUACAUUGACGUCGUGGAAAAGACUUUCUGUAAUCCAGUCGUUCGCCGUGUUCCGCAGUCAUCUUGCAGGAGCAUCGCCCAGGAUAUCGUUAGAUUCGAGCGAAGUCUUGCUGCUGUUCUGCCAGAGAGGGAAGACUACGGAAAUUUGACGAGAACUUACAACCCGAUGACUCUCGUGGAAGCAGAUGAGUUGGCACCGCUGUUGCAGUUACCCAAUUUCCUUCAAGCAUUAUCCGAUCCGGAGGUUCAGAUUGAUCGAAUCAUCCUCGAGAUCCCUGAAUCGAUGAAAGAAAUUAAUGGCGUCCUUUCGAAUACAACCGAUCCUACAGUUAGAGCAUAUCUCCGAUGGAAAGCUAUUCAACAUUUCGCUUCAACAAUUGAAUCUGAUGCAUUAUAUUCAUGGAAGCAAUUGCUCAACGAACUGCUCGGCAAGGAGCCCACUUCAAUUCCGGAAAGAUGGCGAACUUGUCUUCAGAAUGUCGAGGAUGGUCUUGGUUGGAUGCUCAGCAAAUUAUUCGUCAGCAAGUCUUUUAGUUCAGAGUCUAAACAGUUCGCAGAAGAUAUUGUUUCUGAUAUUCAGGAACAAUGGAUUGCUAAGCUGAAGACGAUUGACUGGAUGGACGACAAAGUGAAAGCGCGUGCCAUACAAAAAACUCGUAAUAUCGUUGCAAAAGUCGGAUAUCCGGUUAAGAGUCCAGAUAUAACGGAUCCAUUGGAUUUACAACAUUACUACCAGUCGGUCAACAUAAGCACUCUUUCCCAUUUCGACAACGUCGUUUCUAUGAAUCACUUCCGUGUACGUUCAGAAUGGUCAGCUCUUGGUAAACCAGUAGAUAUGAAUGCCUGGAUGAGACCUGCCAUAACUGUGAAUGCUUGGUAUGAUCCGACUGGGAACGAAGUAAAUUUCCCCGCCGGCCUCCUUCAACUGCCAAUAUUCUCCCCUACACUACCUCAAUAUCUCUCCUACGGUGCAUUUGGCAGCUUAGUAGGACACGAGCUCUCGCACGCCUUUGAUGGAAUAGGCCGCCAUAUUGACGAAAGCGGUAACUAUACCGAGUGGUGGACACCUGAAGCAGUAGAAGCCUUCAAUUCUCGCGCUACAUGCUUCACUAGUCAAUACUCCCACUUCGCUGUCCCUGGUACGGAGCCUAACUCGCAUCUCAAUGUCAGCGGACUACGCACGCUGAAUGAAAAUAUCGCUGACGCAGGUGGAAUUAACGCUGCUUUUGAGGCCUGGAAGUCACGAGCCAGCACAGAGCCUAAGGAGGCUAAUAUGGAUCUUCCUGGGUUAAAGAGCUUUUCGCAUGAGCAGCUGUUUUUUGUCGGCUUUGCCAAUUGGUUCUGUAGCAAGUCAACUAAACAGACAGCGGUCCGGCGCAUCUACACUGAUUCCCAUGCACCCAUGUGGGUGAGGGCUCUGGGAACGACUAGGAACUCGAGAGCGUUUAGGGAAGCGUUUGAUUGUAAGGUGAAGGAGCCGACCUGUGAGUUGUGGUAA